AUGGGCAGUGCUUACCACUGGGAGGCCCGGCGGCGGCAGAUGGCUUUGGACCGGAAGAGGUGGCUGAUAGCCCAGCAGCAGCAAGAGCAGGAACUGAAGAAACUCCAAGAAGAGGAACGUCAAUGUGAGAAGAAAACACAGCCACCUCAGGAGACCCGGCAGGAGUCGCAGCCACCCCUGGCGCAAUCACAGUUGCCACCUAUGCCACAGCCACUGCAGGUGCCCCAGCAGCCACCACAGCCAAAGCAGCAAAACGCCCAAGAACGUCUUACUCAGAGCACCUCCCAGUACAUCCUCCAGGAUUCCCAGAGGCCAGGUCCCCACAAGGACACAUACCAAGGAGAGGUGACCAACCCUCAUGGUCCUGGUUAUAAGAAAUGUAGCCCAGAUAUGCAAACCAAGUACUCACGAUUCACGUCAACGAAUUACAUCCAGCAGUGGUGA